AGCCUACUACCCCAACCCAUCCCGUCGCCCCACCCCAAGUAGAUCCGUAUUAAGUAGGUUGCUAGCCCGCCUAUCAUGUAGCCCAAUAGAAUUUAUUACACACGACGGCGCACCACCAUAAAGUACGAGAUGAAGAUGAGCACGAGCAUGUUGUCAUUCUCGGCAUUGUUUUGUGUCCGCCUGCAGCUGUGGUCGACGUUAGAGCAGGACUUUUUGUUCCACACGUGGGACAAAUCUCCGACGAACGUCCAUGAAGGAGCUGCCAGUCGCUGCGACGAAAUUCGCACGACCUAUUCUGCAUCAAAUAACGAUGAAUAUUCUGUUCAGCAGACGCGUUGGCGUUGCAACAGCAUAGAAUCAAAAUGGCGCUCAUCUAGUACAACCACCGCGACCGCCUUACGUAUAGGGCGCAAGGACAAGGCGCAGGAGAUGAACAGCAAGGGCGGUACGAAGAUGAAAAGGUAUAUCAUCAAGCGAAGAAGUCGAAUGAAGAGCAAAAACACUUCAUCUACAGCACAAGUGCAGCAAUUGGAGGUGGCACGUCAAGCCGCGAACGAAGAAGCCGAGAAAAACAAGCGCAUAAUCGGGAGGAAUCGUAGUUCGUCCGCUCUAGUAGCACUCGGGACCAUCUUCGCUAAGCAUAAGCUAAAGAGCUCGAAGAAAGAAGAUCCCGGUUGUGGAGGUGGAACCACGACUGCUAGUCCAACCUCUACCACAGAAGGUUCUCCUGCAGUCGAGGCAAAUAAAGUUCAAUCGGCACACACAAGAGUAAGUAGAGAAGGUGUUGAAGAAAGACCACAUGCAAGUACAGAAGAAGAGGAAGAGCAGCGUGACGACAACGACGCUGCAUCUACUUCUACAGCAGGUUCUUCCGGCGACAGGAGUGGUGAUGAAAAGAAAAAAGACGAUUUGAUGCGGGCCAGCCGCCCGGUCCAGCUGCAGUUCAUGUCAUCGCCGGUGGAGGAGACAUCGCCGGUGGAGGAGCAGGCCGUGACGACCAGCGGUGGAGCCGGAGUCGGAGCAGCUGCGCCACCACAGCCGGAUACUAGUAGUCCUGGAGGUGAUGAAAACCAAAAUGCGCCGCUGUCCUCUAGCACAACAACUUCCAGUGCAUCUGAAGCGGGUCCUCGUGCAACUAACACGACGACCGACACAUUGCGCAGCUCGUCCUCGUGCUGCCAAGACAUGCAUCCGAUGCAGCUGCUGCUGAUCAUCACCGUGAGUGUGCUGGUUGUCUUUACCGCGGUCGCUGUCGGGCUGUGCAACGAAGAUGAGGAUGACGAUAGUACAACUGACGCGCCAGAGAACAACAAGAACGCAGGUACUAAAUUUAUGAGUCUGAAAGCGGGGUCAAACAACAGAUCGCACACCUUUUUCAUCAACACAUUUGUGGAUGCGGACGAGGAGGCUACGACCGGUUUGACCGCGGCAGGAGAUCAUCAGGUACCAGCAGAGGACGUCGUAUUUCUAAAGGACGACGACGGGGAUAGCGAUGAGAGGCUCACAAAAGAAGACGAAGACGAGGAGACGGAAGUGGAUCAAGAUGGAAAUUAUGUUGACAAAAAUGGCAUCGUAGGGCAACAAGAGCCGGAUGUUUUGAAAACAGCUGGUGGUGGUCCACGGAAAGUGAAGCGAAAGAAGAAGGGAAAUAGAUCAAAGCUGGUAGAGGUAAGCAAAAGCAACCUGUUGAACGACAUUUCGGAAAAUGACCGCGCAACGACCGGCACUGAAAAUAAAUCCCCCGAGGACGUCGAUCCGAAUGCUGAAAACUCUGAAGCGUCAGAACAAUCGCUGAAUGCGGCUGGGGGCGUAGUUAUCUCGGCGGAUUUUGGAGCAUCAAGGGCGCAGCAGCCGCCUGUUGGACCAUCAUCUACAACUUCCGUCGCAGGAGCAGCUACACCCGACUCAGCUUCGCAGAUGAAGUAUGGGUCAAGUAGUUUUGGAACCACAGCGGCACCAGCCAUGUCUUUCGCUGGCGGCGCAGCAGUAAUAUCCUCGACGUCGUCCACCAAUGUGCCGAAUCAAGUCCUGGAUAGUAAAGUAAAAGAGGACGACGAGGCGAUGCUUUUUCUGAGUCAAACCCACAUUGCUCAACGACUGAAGAACGCCGCAGACAGUACUGCUAGACCGAAACCCAGCUCGUGGAAAAGCAGAAGCAAAGCGUUCACGACCUCGUCACCCUCAGGAGGAGCAGCAGCUGCUCCACCUAGCGACACCAGCGUCUCCUCUUCUCGUAGUGCAGCUGCAGCUGCGACGAGCAGCAAUUCGUCAGUACGGGCCAGAUCACCAAGGGUGAGGCGGGUGGUGCGAAAGAGAGGAGCCGCGGCGAGUAUGAAAAAGGCGCAGCAAGACCAAGAGCACCCUGGAGUAGAUGAACAAGUUCCGCCGCAGGUACGGACACCGGAGGACUCGGAGCAGGACAUCUCGGAGGAAGCGGACUGAGUAGACCACCGAGCUAGAAUUCUCUGUGGCAUUUCGAAAAUUCGUACAGAUACUACUCGAUAAUUCUCACCCUAGGUUGUGCGUUUAGAAACUAAAUUUAUCCUCAUGUCCUUCUUGAAGAUGAUUAUGAUUUAACUUUGAGUUGUACUUCUAACUACCCAUUAUACGCAUACCAUUCAAACAACUUCAACUUCACCUUGAUCUUGACCACUUCAUAUCUCUUGAGGAGGCGACAGGGAAGCAGGAAAGGGCAACCUCUUAG